UUAACUUCGGCAAAGUUCGCUGCCGGCUCGCAGCACGUGGCCACCUGGGAGCCGUGCCUUGCGCGCCGCGUGGUCCUCGUGCCCGACCCCCGGCCGCACUCCAGUGGCGCCGCUCUCAGACGCGCUCCUCCUGGGCUCCAAGUGGCAGCGGCGGCGGCGGCGGCUGAGCGAAGCGGGCGCCCCCGGAGGCUCGGGAGGCGGGAUCGGGGCGUGCCGCGGCGCCCGGAAGCGGCUGUCCUCAGGCUCCAGCCGAGCGGACCGGCGCGGCGGCCCGACCUACAGCAUCUCCGGCGCGCCUCCCUCCCGGCCUGCGCACCUCGGCCCGCUUGGCAAGAUGCUCCCGGUGCACCAGGAGCUGAAGCCCAACCCGCUGCAGGACGCCAACCUCUGCUCGCGCGUGUUCUUCUGGUGGCUAAACCCCUUGUUUAAAAUUGGCCACAAACGGAGGUUGGAAGAAGAUGACAUGUACUCAGUGCUCCCUCAAGAUCGCUCAAAGUACCUGGGAGAAGAGCUGCAAGGGUACUGGGACAAAGAAGUUUUCAGAGCUGAAAAGGAUGCACGCAAGCCUUCUUUAACAAAAGCUAUCAUAAAGUGUUACUGGAAAUCGUACCUGCUUUUGGGAAUUUUUACGUUCAUUGAGGAAGGCAUCAAAGUAAUUCAGCCCUUGUUUUUGGGGAAAGUUAUUAAUUACUUUGAAAAUUAUUCCACGGAUUCUGUGGCUUUGUACAGAGCUUACGGCCAUGCCACAGUGCUGACCAUCUGCACGCUCUUCCUGGCCAUCCUGCACCAUCUGUAUUUUUAUCAUGUUCAGUGCACUGGGAUGAGGUUAAGAGUAGCCAUGUGCCACAUGAUUUACCGGAAGGCACUUCGACUUAGCAAUGUGGCCUUGGGGAAGACAACCACAGGCCAGAUAGUCAACCUGCUGUCCAAUGAUGUGAACAAGUUUGAUCAGGUGACGAUCUUUUUGCACUUUCUGUGGGCGGGACCACUGCAGGCCAUCGCAGUGACAGUCCUUCUCUGGAUGGAAAUAGGAGUAUCGUGUCUUGCUGGGAUGGCAGUUCUGAUAAUUCUUCUGCCUUUGCAAAGCUGCAUUGGGAAGUUGUUUUCAUCACUGCGGAGUAAAACUGCAGCCUUCACGGAUGCCAGGAUCAGGACCAUGAAUGAAGUUAUAACUGGAAUAAGGAUAAUCAAAAUGUAUGCCUGGGAAAAGUCAUUUGCAGACCUUAUUAGCAACUUAAGAAGGAAGGAAAUUUCCAAGGUUCUAAGAAGCUCCUACCUCAGAGGGAUGAAUUUGGCUUCAUUUUUUGUUGCCAACAAAAUCAUCCUGUUUGUGACCUUCACCAGCUAUGUGCUGCUUGGCCAUGUGAUCACAGCCAGCCAUGUAUUUGUGGCCAUGACACUGUACGGGGCGGUGCGGUUGACUGUCACCCUCUUCUUCCCCUCAGCCAUCGAGAAAGUGUCAGAGGCCAUCAUCAGCAUUCGAAGGAUCAAGAACUUCCUGUUACUUGAUGAGAUAUCACAGCCCAACCUUGAGGCACCAACAGAGGGCAAAAUGAUAGUGGAUGUGCAAGAUUUUACUGCCUUCUGGGAUAAGACAUUGGAAACCCCAACCCUCCAAGGUCUUUCUUUCACUGCCAGACCUGGGGAAUUGUUGGCUGUGAUAGGCCCCGUGGGAGCAGGCAAGUCUUCACUGUUGAGCGCUGUGCUCGGGGAGCUGCCCCCGAGUCAGGGGCUGGUCACCGUGCACGGGAAAAUCGCCUAUGUUUCCCAGCAGCCCUGGGUGUUUUCUGGAACUGUGAGGAGUAAUAUUUUAUUUGGGAAGAAAUAUGAAAAAGAGCGAUAUGAGAGAGUCAUAAAGGCUUGUGCUUUGAAAAAGGAUUUACAGCUUUUGAAAGACGGGGACCUGACUGUGAUAGGAGAUCGAGGAGCCACACUGAGCGGAGGGCAGAAAGCACGAGUGAACCUCGCAAGAGCUGUCUAUCAAGACGCUGACAUCUACCUCCUAGACGACCCGCUCAGUGCAGUGGAUGCAGAAGUUGGCAAGCAUCUGUUCCAGCUGUGUAUUUGUCAAACCUUACACGAGAAGAUCACGAUUUUAGUGACCCAUCAGUUGCAAUACCUAAAAGCUGCAAGCCACAUUCUGAUACUGAAAGAUGGACAAAUGGUGCAGAAGGGAACUUACACUGAGUUUCUGAAAUCUGGAAUAGAUUUUGGCUCCCUUUUAAAGAAGGAAAACGAGGAAGCUGAACCAUCUUCAGUUCCAGGCACCCCAACACUAAGGAAUCGUACCUUCUCGGAGUCUUCUGUUUGGUCUCAACAAUCUUCUAGACCCUCUUUGAAAGAUGGCAUUCCAGAGGGCCAAGACCCAGAGAAUGUACAGGUAACACAAUCAGAGGAGAGCCGUUCAGAAGGGAAGGUUGGCUUCAAGGCCUACAAGAAUUACUUCACAGCAGGUGCUUCCUGGUUUAUCAUCAUUUUCCUUAUUCUGCUAAACAUGGCAGCUCAGGUUACCUAUGUCCUUCAGGACUGGUGGCUUUCCUAUUGGGCAAAUGAACAAAGCACACCGAAUGUCACUGUAAAUGGGAAAGGAAAUGUAACUGAGAAGCUAGAUCUUAACUGGUACUUAGGAAUUUAUGCAGGUUUGACUGUAGCUACUAUCCUUUUUGGCAUAGCAAGAUCGCUGUUGGUGUUCUAUGUCCUUGUUAAUUCUUCCCAAACUUUGCACAACAAAAUGUUCGAGUCAAUCCUGAAAGCUCCAGUAUUGUUCUUCGAUAGAAAUCCAAUAGGAAGAAUUUUAAAUCGUUUCUCCAAAGACAUUGGACAUAUGGAUGACUUGCUUCCCUUGACAUUUCUAGAUUUCAUCCAGACAUUCCUGCUUGUCAUCAGUGUGAUAGCCGUGGCCAUAGCUGUGAUUCCUUGGAUUGCGAUACCCAUGAUUCCCCUUGCCAUCGUUUUCUUCUUUCUUCGGCGAUACUUCUUGGAAACGUCAAGGGACGUCAAACGCCUGGAGUCUACAACACGGAGUCCGGUCUUUUCCCACUUAUCCUCUUCCCUCCAGGGGCUCUGGACCAUCCGGGCCUACAAGGCUGAAGAGAGGUGUCAGGAGCUGUUCGAUGCCCACCAGGACCUACACUCAGAGGCUUGGUUCUUGUUCUUGACGACAUCGCGAUGGUUUGCUGUGCGUCUGGAUGCCAUCUGUGCCGUCUUUGUCAUUGUUGUUACCUUCGGGUCCUUGAUUUUGGCACAAUCUUUGAGUGCUGGGCAGGUUGGCUUGGCCUUGUCCUACGCCCUCACCCUCAUGGGGAUGUUCCAGUGGUCUGUUAGACAAAGCGCCGAAGUGGAGAAUAUGAUGAUUUCAGUGGAGAGAGUGAUUGAAUACACAAAUCUAGAAAAAGAAGCACCUUGGGAAUACCAGAAACGCCCACCACCAGGCUGGCCCCAUGAAGGAGUGAUCAUCUUUGAUAAUGUGAACUUUUCGUACAGCUUAGAUGGGCCUGUGGUGCUAAAGCACCUGACAGCACUCAUUAAAUCAACAGAAAAGGUUGGAAUUGUGGGAAGAACAGGAGCUGGAAAAAGCUCCCUCAUCUCAGCCCUUUUUAGAUUGUCAGAACCUGAAGGUAAAAUUUGGAUUGAUAAGAUCUUGACAACUGAAAUUGGACUUCAUGAUUUAAGAAAGAAAAUGUCAAUCAUACCUCAGGAACCUGUUUUGUUCACUGGAACAAUGAGGAAAAACCUGGAUCCCUUUAAUGAGCACACAGAUGAGGAACUGUGGAACGCCUUAGAAGAGGUGCAGCUUAAAGAAGCCAUUGAAGAUCUUCCUGGUAAAAUGGACACUGAAUUAGCAGAAUCAGGAUCCAAUUUUAGUGUAGGACAGAGACAAUUGGUGUGCCUUGCCCGGGCAAUUCUGAAGAAAAAUCGCAUAUUGAUUAUUGAUGAAGCAACAGCAAAUGUAGACCCAAGAACUGAUGAGUUAAUCCAGAAUAAAAUCAGGGAGAAGUUUGCGCAGUGCACCGUGCUGACCAUCGCACACAGACUGAACACCAUCAUCGACAGUGACAAGAUCAUGGUUUUGGAUUCAGGAAGACUGAAAGAAUAUGAUGAGCCAUAUAUUUUGCUGCAGAAUAAAGACAGCCUAUUUUACAAGAUGGUACAGCAGCUGGGCAAAGGGGAAGCCGCUGCCCUUACCGAAACAGCAAAACAGGUGUACUUCAAAAGGAAUUAUCCGGACAUUGCUCACUCCAACUCUGUGAUUACGAACACUUCUAAUGGCCAGCCCUCGGUCUUAACGAUCUUUGAGACAGCGCUGUGAUUCUGCACAUCUGUCCAGUCAGCGUUUUUCCAAAGGCAUUUUUCCCAUAGUUUUUGCAUAGUUUUGUAUAAGCUACAGUGAACUUUUAAAAAAAAACUCUAGCACAAUAAUGUACACAUUGCAAGAUGGCAGUGUAUGUGGACACUGCCCCCUCCCCAACUUCAUCCAGUGAUUUCAAGCUCUAAGAAAGUGUUUUUUUAUUUCUACUUCAAUAUUAUAAUAUCUUAAAAAUCCAAGUCAGAGGUGCAGGCCACCGAUAAAAAUAGGGUUUGGUGCCUUAACAGACUCCAGAGCCAAAGCGCAUUCAUUGUGUAAGGAAUGGGGCAAAGUUGUCACAGGUUGGUUGUUUGUGUUUUCCUGUUGAUCCCACAUUACUUAUUAGUUUCCAGUGAUUCUGUUUACUUGAAGACUGUGUGAAGGUUGUCAUCGUCUCACCACUUUAACAAAACUAGGGUCCAUUAUGUCCCCUAAAGGCUGCUAAUUGAAAUAGUGCAGAUACAACCAACAAAAAAUAAAAUUAUAUAUAUAUGUAGCAAGAGAGAGAGAGAGACUCUACCACUCCCCAAAACAGAAAUAUGUGGUGAAAAUAUAGAAGGAAAAUGUUUCAUAUUAUAAUAGGAAAGAGAAAAUAACGCUUUCUCAAAAUGGGAGCCCUUCUCUCAAACAGGUUUGAAACAAGGGACACACGUAGGAACAGCCUCAUCUUCAAAGCUGCCUGACCUGGACAUGGAACUGUGUUCUGGUUCCAGACUCAGCAUAGUGGUACUUUCCAAAAAGGCCAAACCUCUGAGGAUACCUCCUAAAACAUGUGGUGUUAUUUUGAUUUGGAUUCAUGGUUUACAGAAGGUAAACCGCCUUCUACUGACUAUCCAUUUUUGGUUUAGCUUUUCUUGAAAUCCUUUCCAAACUGCAUGCACAGACUUCUGAGUUGGUGAGAAAAAGUGAAAAUCCUUGCGCUCACUGACUGUAAUUAUGCAGUACUUUCUCAGGAUGCAUCCAGAGGCUCACUCUGAUGAGCCUGUCCAGAUCAGUUUACUUCUGACCACUAAUCAGAGUUUCUUUAGGUCAUUCUGGUGAGUGAAUCAACAAACCACAACACUUCCUAAGCCAACAGUAAUUCAUUUGAACCAUAGGCCUUUACUUUUCCUUGAUGGUAGCAGCUAUGAGGUGUUGAGUUCAAGUCACUAAACAUUUACUGUCAUGGUUUCAAGUGGACUUGACCUCUCAAAAAAGGUGAAACCACUGCCAAGUUGCCUAGAUUAAUACACACGUACAGUUGUGUGUCUAUAUAUGGACUAUACAUAAAUGCCCAAUAGAUAACAGGUAUUUUGAUUCAUUAACAGAAAAGCUGUUUUGUAAAAUGAAGUGUAAAAAAGCACACAUAGCAAAUCACCAAAAUACGUUAAGCAAAGUGGCUGUUUGCCUUCUUGUGUUUGGAAGUCUGUGAUUAAUGUCCGAUAAGUCACGCACACUAAGUUGUUUAUGAAUAGUUAUAGGAAGACUGAAAUGACAACAGUGAUGAUAAUGAGGUCUGUUUAAACACUAAAAAUGUUUUAAAUGUGUAUAUGUUUAUUUGGUCUAUAGAGAUCAAAGGCAAUCAUAUAAAUAUGUUUCUGUUUCAUUUCUGUUUAAAUGUCAUCACAGGAUUUUUAAUGAAACAAAAUUCAAUUGAAAUAAAUGACAGUUUUCAUCUCCA